UUCUCCUCUGUUUUUUUUUCUUUCCCCCUCUGUUUCCUUCUUUGUUUUCCAUACCAAAUGUAUAUCCAAAACAUCUUCAGACUCACUAAACCUUUCCAUAUAUGCUUCAUCCUCAUCUUCAACUUCAUCUUCACUGUUUCCCCCAGAAAAACUCUAGCUGUAGACCACAAGUUCAAAGCCUGUGAACCUCAAAACUGCAGGAAUGGUCCAAAUAUAAGUUAUCCUUUCUGGGUUUCUCCUCAAGAAUCCUUUUGCGGGUACCCCAGCUUUCAGAUUAAAUGCACUCACAAAAACCCAGUUCUCAAAGUUUCCAAUAACGAUUUUAUUAUCAAAGAAAUAUUUUACUCGAACAAUUCACUAAUCGUGGCCAAUGCCGCAGUCUAUGAUGAAGAAUGCCCAGCUCCUAGACACAAUCUUAGCCUUGAUAGAACUCCUUUCCGGUACAGUCCUGAUCACAUUGAUUUUUCCUUCUACAAUUGCUCUGAAGAACUUCCAGACCAGAUUUAUCUAUUCCCAGUUGACUGUGGUAGCAAUGCCACCCACCACUCUUUCGCUGUAUUUCAUAAGGAGGCAUUGAUGAACAUGAACUAUUCUUUAGACUGGUGCUAAUCUUCAGUUGAUGUGGCUGUGGAUGUGGCAGAGAAUGUGAGCUUCAACAAAUUGUUGGAUAUGAAUUAUGCUGAAAUCAUGAAGAUCGGUUUUGUUCUGAAUUGGAAUGCACAUGGUUGUAGUAAUUGCCAAAGAAGUGGUGGAAGAUGUGGGUAUGAUAAUAACGAAUUUGUUUGUUUUUGCCGUGAUGGUCCUCACGCGAAAACCUGCCAUGAUGGUGUUAUUUCUGCAGCAAUUGUUAUAUCGCUGACCUUUGUUAUAAUGUGCGUUAUUAGAAGUGAGAAAUUGUCAAUAAAGUUUUUCUCAAAUAUGACUAAAUCUGAUAAAGACAUUGAAGGUUUCAUUAGAAGUUAUGGACAUCUACAUGUCAAAAGAUUCAGAUUCUCUGGUAUCAAGCAAAUGACCAUAUCAUUCAAACAAAAAUUAGGUCGAGGAGGAUAUGGUGAUGUAUACAAAGGAAAGCUACUCGAUGGGCGUCUUGUAGCUGUGAAACUCCUUAAUGAAUCCAAAGGAAAUGGUGAAGAAUUUAUUAAUGAAGUUGCAAGCAUUAGCAGAACAUCUCACAUAAAUGUUGUCACUCUUGUAGGAUUUUGCUUAGAAGGUAGCAAGAGAGCUCUUGUUUAUGAGUUCAUGUCAAAUGGAUCACUUGAAAAGUUCAUAUACAAUGAAAAUCCUAUGCAAACCACUCCACAGUUAGAAUGGAAAGAGCUACUCCAAAUUGCCAAAGGGAUUGCUGAAGGGCUCCACGAUUUGCACCGUGGUUGUAACACCAGAAUUUUGCACUUUGACAUCAAACCACAUAACAUUCUCUUGGAUAAGGAUUUUUGCCCAAAAAUUUCUGAUUUUGGACUAGCUAAACUUUGUGAAAGGAAGGAGAGUAUCAUAUCGAUGGAAGAUGCUAGAGGAACAAUAGGCUAUAUAGCUCUUGAAGUUUCCAAUCGAAACUUUGGAGGAGUUUCUUAUAAGUCCGAUGUUUGUAGCUAUGGAAUGAUGAUUCUAGAGAUGGUUGGAGGAAGGAGAAACAUCAAGGUUGGAGUAACCAACACAAGUGAAAUAUAUUUUCCACAUUGGAUAUAUAAGCAUCUUGAACAGGGCUGUGAUCUUAGAUUAUUGCAUGGUGUGGUGACAGCAGAGGAAGAUGAAAUUGCAUGAAAGAUGGUUUUAGUGGGUUUGUGGUGCAUUCAAACAAAUCCAUCAGAGAGACCAUCCAUGAAGAAAGUGAUUGAAAUGUUGGAAGGCAGUUUAGAAGCCUUACACAUCCCCCCAAAGCCUUUCUUGUCUUCUCCAAAAUCACCAGAAGAAUUUUCCAGUACCACAUCAAUUUUAUGAUGAUAUAUAAUUUAUCAAGAUUACUUUUGAAGCAACUAAACUCUAUGUUAUAGAAAGAUCAAUGUGAUCGAUGUUAGAGCUCUUGUUCAUCUUGCAGUUCCAAUGGGUGGUUGGCCUCUAAUUUAGUUUCUUUUUCUAUACAAAGAUUAAGUAUGAUGAACUGAAGCAAUUUUCAAAUGUACCUCUACUUUUUCUAAACAUUACAAUG